ACCACCCCUAGGUUUUCUAAGACACUCAACUGCUGAGACAAAUUCUGAGUCUACCAUAGGGGAACCUCCAAUCUCAGCAUCAUGAACCAUAUCAUUCUUAUUUUCUGCCUUAUCUUCCUGACUCUGAGUGGGAUUCAAGGAAUACCUCUUUCCAGAAUUGUACGCUGCACCUGCAUAGAGAGCUCUCAGUCUGUUAAUCCAAGGUUCUUAGAGAAACUUGAAAUUAUUCCUGCAAGUCAAUCUUGUCCACAUGUUGAGAUCAUUGCCACAAUGAAAAAAAACAGGGAGAAGAGAUGUCUGAAUCCAGAAUCUAAGGCUAUCCAGAAUUUAUUGAAAGCAGUUAGAAAAGAAAAGUCUAAAAGAUCUUAAAAUCCAAGAGAAGCAAAAUCACUGCAGUACUGAUAAGGAUGGAUUAGGGAGGCUACCUCUCCCAUUACCUCUCUACAGUCUAUGUGAAGUCCUCACUGGCCCUGAUUUGUACUUCUUCUAAAAAGUGACCAGUCACCAAAUUAGCUGCUAGUACUCUUGUGAGAAUGUGGAUGGGUCACCACUUGAGCUAACAAUAUCUCUAGUAUUAGUGUUACUAGUUCUAUUACUAAUAGCAAUAGUUCUAAUAACUAGUAUUAACUCUGCCCUGGCACAGUAAGCUAUGCCAAGGUGCUACAUUCUCAGAAAAUGUGCCAAAUCCUAGCACUGAUAUUGACACUUUUCUCACCUUUCCUAUUUUCUAAGGGUUCAUAAGGAAUUUUUUACUUUUGGAUUAUCAGAGUUGACUCUCAAGUAAACUAAAAGGUGUAAGAUCAGGGUGAUAAUCUGUUCUUUCAAGAACAAUUUUUACUUUAUAGACUUCUACUACCAUCCUCCCAAGGACCUACAUCCUUCAGUGGUUAUAUACAUACAAUUCCAAAUACCUACAGAAAACUAAAUACAUCUGAAAAUGUAUCUGUAAAUCCUGUUUAGUGAAAUAAUGUACAACGUAGAAUUUUUAGAUGUUUCUUAUAUUUUUAAGUGUAUAUGGACUGGGCCAGGGAUUUAGCUCAGCGGUUCA